CGUCAAUGUUGAAGAACCGCUCCUCCCCUUCCCUGCAGUUCCUCCCCACCGCAGCCGCCAUGUCCCUCCGCCCUUCAUCCUCCUACAGAGGCGGCCGGAAUCAAUGGCGCGGCCGAGGAUUCUCAAAUCGUCCCUAUGCUCCCGUUACUGACAACAUCGUCAAUGGUAAUGACGAUCCUAAUCGUGAAUUCCGGCCUGAUUGUAAUCCUAGGCCGCCGCGUUUCCGUUUUCGACCUAAUUCCGAUCCACCUUUCAAUCAGAAUCAAUCCUUUCAGCCACGUGGACAACCACCUCCACCGUAUUUGAAUCCGAACCAACAAUUCGCGCCACCACCUCUCUACAAUCAAAAUCAACAGUUUUGGCGGCAUGGACAACCGCAGCCGCAUUUUAAUCCAAACCAACAGUUCCGGCCACCUCCAUUAUACAAUCAGGGACAACAGCAGCCGAGUUUUGAUCAGAACCAACAGUUUCGGCCGCAAGGACAGCCACCACAGCCUUUUGGACAGUUCCGGCCACAACAGCGGUCUCGGCAGCGGCCGUCUAAACCCUUGGACUAUCGUAAUUGGGAAUACGCGAAACCAGGGCCUCCUCCUAGUUGUGAGCGGUUUACAGUCCUUUCGUACAAUAUACUCGCUGAUUACCUGGCUAUUAAUCAUCGAGGCAAACUUUACUUUCACAUACCUCGCCAUGUUUUGGAUUGGGAGUUUCGGAAGAAAAAUAUUAUGUUUGAGCUGGGAUUAUGGUCAGCUGAUAUACUUUGCUUUCAGGAGGUUGAUAAAUUUCAGGAUUUAGAAGAAGACUUAAAAAUUCGGGGAUAUAGUGGUAUUUGGAAGAUGAGAACUGGUGAGCCAGUUGACGGUUGUGCAAUAUUUUGGCGUUCAUCAAGAUUCAAGCUUCUCCAUGAGGAAGCCAUUGAGUUCAAUAAGUUUGGAAUGCGGGAUAAUGUUGCACAGAUAUGUGUUUUAGAGUCACUGAAUGAGAAAUGUUCAGCUGGAUCGCCUCCGCCUGCAUGCUCUGAAGGUCACAAUAAAGUCAUCAUAUGUAAUAUCCAUGUGCUUUACAAUCCUAGAAGGGGAGAGAUCAAGCUUGGGCAGGUUAGGGUGCUUCUAGAUAGGGCAUUUGCUACAUCAAAGCUUUGGGAUGAUGCUCCUGUGGUUCUUUGUGGAGAUUUUAACUCUACCCCAAAGAGUUCAUUGUACAACUUCAUAUCGGAGCAAAAGUUGGAUGUGUCUGAACUGCCUAGGAAUAUGAUAUCCGGGCAAAUGUCUGCUGAAAUUCCUCACAAAAGGCCGUUUACAAAUACUAUCAGAACUCAGUCGACUGAUAAUGCAACUCAAUCUCCCAGAAGGGUUGAUAACCAGGAAGUCCAUAAGGAGGAAGCCGGCAUAAAAGGGGACAGUACGUGUUCUAUGAGUAGUCAGCCUGAGUGUAUUUCCGACAUGCCAGAUUUAUCUGCUAGUUCACUUACUGAUACAAUGCAUGAAGACAAAAAAACCGUUCCACAACUUGAGGCAAAAGAAGAAAGUGAGGGCAAUGCUGCAAACUGCACCUCAGAAAGUUUGGAGAAUGUCCCAGCUGAUGCAAUUGGCGAUGGCAUCUCUUUAAGUGAAGACCAUAUUUUGGUGGAUGAGACUAUCCUGACGACAUCCCCAGAUGAACCACUAGAAGCUGUAGAAGAUGUAUCUGUAGGCGAGGAUUCUGUUUCAUUUUUGUCUGCAUUGCAUGGCCCUGAUGGAUCUGACUUUGUGGACGAUAAUGAGACCUCUGAGGCUGAGCUCUCUUUAGGAACUCCUGACAUUUUGGACGGUUCUUUUAGCACAGGUAAUGAAGCUUUUGUGCAGAAGCCUGCUUAUGACCCAUCAGGUUGGACCCCUAUGGAAAUAGAGGCCGCGACGGGCAGCUCAGAAUGCACAACCAUGGAACACCCUCUAACACUAAGAAGCACAUAUUCGGAAGUCAAGGAUUAUUCAGGAACAAGAGAUUCAAAUGGGGAACCCCAAGUGACUAGCUACCAUAGAGGUUUCCAGGGGACAGUUGAUUACAUCUGGCGAUCCAAGGGUCUCCAAACUGUGAAGGUUCUUGCUCCUAUACCAAAACAUGCAAUGCAAUGGACUCCUGGAUUUCCUACAAAGAGAUGGGGAAGUGAUCAUGUUGCACUGGUUACUAAAUUGGCUUUCAAUAAAGAGCCAAAAUCACAAGUUGAGUAGCAGACACAUCUUUAAUUUAUAUAUCAUGUUCCAGUUCUUUUGAUCUUCAAACAUCAUUCUUCACCUGGAACACAAAUGUAUGUAUAUAUUAUAUAUACAUUCCUGUUGUGAUUAUUUGAGCAAAAGGGAAUGAAGGAUUUAUUCUUUUUUUUAUAUUUUGAGUGACGUGACAUCAAAUCCAUGGUAUGCUAACUGCCUUGUACGUACUUCAUAACUUGUCUAUUGCUGGUUUGUGUA